AUGGAUAUCUCCAGCUACCUGGCUGUAGGUGGCUGGUUCAUCCAGGUUAUCUUCGACAAGUAUCUUUCCUACAAGCUCCAGAGGUGGGCAGCCAACUGUGGCAUCGGCCAUGAGCUAGACAGGCUUCGUGUUGCUUUGCUUCGCACACAGUCAGUUCUCCACAGAACUGAGCUGGCGCCCACACUCUCCCACAGCUCUCUUCCAUGGAUGCAGGAGCUCCGAGAUGUCAUGUAUCAUGCAGAGGAUCUCCUAGACAAGCUUGAGUACAACCGCCUCCAUCAUGAAAUGGAAGAAUCAAGUGCAAACGAGAGCAGCAGUAGCCCAAUCAGCGCCUUCAUGCAUUCCCGGUUUCAUGACCAAGGUGCCCCAGCUUCUAGCCCGGAGCCAUGUUGGGAUAGAUCAACCAAGGUAAAGAAUAAGAUGGUAGAUCUAUUGGAGCGUAUUGAGCAGGUUGCAAGUGGAGUUAGUGAAGCACUCAGCCUACCCAGGAACAUCAGGAGCAAUAAUUGCAACAUCAUGACUAGCUCAAUAGCCCUUGGGAAAAUCAUUGGACGCGACUUCAAAGCCCAACAGUUGGUAACCACUCUAACAAGCUCUCAGGACGAGAAUCCAGUCUCUGUUGUCUCUAUUGUUGGGCUAGGUGGUAUAGGCAAGACUGCUUUAGCACAGCAUGUGUACAAUGACACUAGAAUAACUGAGAACUUUAAUGUGAGAAUGUGGAUCUCUGUUACUUAUCUCUUUGACGAGUUGAGGAUCACAAAAGAAAUGCUGGAGUCAGCUUCCAGCAGUCGAUUUAGGCAUGAUGGCACAACAAAUUUAAAUAGACUUCAAGUGGCGCUCAAGGCAAGGCUUGCUUCAAAACGGUUCCUCCUUGUCCUAGAUGAUGUUUGGAAUAAUGACAACAUUACAAUAGCAAUAGAACAAGAGAACUGGCAGAAGCUGCUAGCCCCCCUAAAGGAUGGAGCAAAGGGGAGCAAGAUACUUCUGACAACUCGGUCAAGUAUGGUGGCUGAGAUGCUGCAAUCAUCCAACAUAAUUAGUUUGGAGGCCUUGCUAGUUAAUGACUGCUGGUCCCUGAUAAAGUCUUCUAUGUUUGAUGAGACAAGCCACAACAUCAACUCACAAUUGGAGAACAUCGGAAGGAAAAUUGCUGAGACAGUCAGUGGUCUUCCUCUUGCUGCAAAGGUUGUAGCUAGACAGCUGAAAUAUAAACACAGUGUAGAUGAGUGGAAACAAGUCUUGCAGAGAAAUGCAGUAUGGGAGGAAAUCAUGCCAAUUCUACGAACGAGCUAUGACAAUCUGCCACCCCACCUAAAACAGUGCUUUGCGUAUUGCAGCAUCUUCCCCAGGGACUGGGAAUUUGAAGCUGAGCAGCUGAUUCUCCAGUGGAUGGCACAAGGUUUUGUACACCCAGAUGGUUGCAGGAGAAUGGAGGACAUUGGGAAGGAAUACAUAAAUGAUCUGUGCAAUAAGUCAUUCUUCACAGUUCAGAAGAAAGAAUUUGCCAGCUAUUAUGUGAUACCUCCUGUAAUUUAUAAGCUUGCAAAAUCAGUUGCAACAGAAGAAUGCUUCAGAAUAGGAGAUGACGAAUGGAUAAGAAUCCCAUCAUCAGUACGCCAUCUGUCAGUGCACCUAGAUAGCCUUUCAGCACUUGAUGACACAAUCCCAUACAAGAAUCUGCGCACUCUGAUUUUCCUCGCUAGCAGAACAGUGGCUCCAAUCAAAGCUUCCAUCCCUCAAGUGGUUCUCAAUAAUGUAAGAAGCAUCCGAGUGUUGGAUUUAUCAUCAUGCAUGAUAGACAGACUUCCUGAUAGCAUACGGCAAUGUGUGCAUCUCCGGUACCUAAAUAUCUCAUCAACUAUCAUCACCACACUACCAGAAUUCUUGUGCAAACUCUACCACCUACAGGUUCUGAAUUUAGCAGGUUGCAGGCUUGGAAAACUGCCUUCCAGAAUGAACAACUUGGUUAAUCUACGACAUCUCACAGCAGCUAAUCAAAUUGUUUCCUCCAUAACAGACGUUGGCAGGUUGAAAUGCCUUCAGAGGUUGCCAAUUUUUAAGGUUACCAGAGAGCAAACACAAAGCAUAGUUCAGCUUGGGCAUCUACUAGAGCUCCAAGGAUCCCUCCAGAUCAGAAACCUUGAGAAUAUCAAUACUCCUGAUGAGGCAAAGGAAGCCAUGCUGUGUAAGAAAGGCCAACUAUCUGUGCUGCAGCUAAUGUGGGCACCUGAUCUAGAUGAGGUAAAUACAAACAAGGAAGAGGAUGUGCUAGAAGCUCUCCAACCACAUGAAAAUCUAAAGAGAUUAGACAUCAUGGGUUGGAUGGGAGUCAAAUCCCCUAGUUGGCUUGAGAACGAAUGGCUAAGUAGUCUUAAGCAUAUUUUCCUAAGUGGCUGCAAUGCAUGGAAGCAGCUUCCACCACUUGGUCAACUUCCCUCCAUCAAAACAAUCUGGUUGCAGCGUUUGAAAAUGCUGAGGCAGAUAGGCCCAGAGGCAUAUGGCAGUGGCAGCCAACAGGAGCCGUUCCAUUUGCUGGAAGAGCUGGUGCUUGAUGACAUGCCAGAACUCAAUGAGUGGUUAUGGAGUGGCCAUACAAUGAGGAAUCUACACAAUGUUGUGAUUAAGGAUUGCAAUAAGCUCAAAGUACUGCCUCCAGUACCUCCUAACCUUACAGAGAUAACAAUAGCAAGGAAAGGGUACUGGAUGCCAUACCACCAUGAUGUAAAGUUGGCACAUGCAACCACUGCUAGAUCCAGUGUCUCAUCUCUUUGCUUAUUCAACUGCCCCUUGUUACUUGCAAGAUUAUCCUCACCAAUGACCAUUGAAAUCACUGCAAGCUUUGGGUUACUUAGAAGCAUUAUCACUGAUCAAAUGACAAUACUCAGGUGUCCUCUUUUGAGAGAAAGGCUUGAGCUCAUUGAGAGCCUAGAUAUCCAAGAUUGCUCAGAAAUCACCUCCUUCAGCGCAGACGAUAACAAUAUUCUCCUACAGCUAAAGUCACUCCAAAGCUUAUGUAUCAGUGGUUGCAAUACUCUGCGAUCACUCCCUUCAACCCUGUCCAGAAUACAGUCCCUGUAUAAGUUGGUCUUAUGGAACUGCCCUGCAUUGGAAUCACUGCCAGAGGAACCGCUGCCACUAUCCAUUAGAAAGAUUGAAGUUGCACUCUGUCACCCACUGCUCAAGGAGAGACUGAUAAAAGAACAUGGCAUUGACUGGCCGAAGAUUGCACACAUCCCUUGGGUCGAAAUAGAUGGUGAAAUUCUGCAGCAGAAAUUGAAAAUAGGAAAAUAGUAUAUUUUCUCAAUCUGAAACUUAGAAUACAAUAUCAAUAGAUAUUGCCAUGUUGAUGCUACUUUGACUUUAGGAAAGGAAUUUGGUGUACCAAAUACUUCUAAAAGUAAAAAGGAUUAGUUUAACUCA